AUGAAGUUCCUCUCAGUUCUCGCUAUCUUCUCCGGCGUCCUCGCUGCUCCUUCUAAUCGUGGUGGCGACGAUGAUAGCUUCUUUGAUCCCUGCCCAACUAUCUUUGGGGAGGUUAAGUGCUGUGGUGGUGUUGCUGGUCUUGAUGUUAACUGUGUCAAUCCUACUAUUGCUCCUACAAGUGUCGAUGACUUCAAGGCCAGUUGCGCCAGUGUUGGCAAGAAUGCCCGUUGCUCCCUUGCCCCUAUAACCAACCUACCCUAG